AUGGCGCCUGAGGAUGAGGAGCUCACUGCCUUCCGCACCCCCAAGGAAAUUUAUUGCUAUAAAGUAAUGUCAUUUGGCUUGAAAAAUGCUGGAGCGACAUAUCAAAGGGCAAUGCAAAGAAUAUUUGAUGAUAUGCUCCAUAGAAAUGUGGAGUGCUAUUUUGAUGACCUUGUGGUGAAAUCAAAGAAGCGAGAGGAUCAUAUCCAAGACCUUCGAAGAGUUUUCCAACGUCUUCGAAGAUACCAACUGAAGAUGAAUCCUAUGAAGUGCACAUUCGGAAUCACUUCUGGCAAGUUUCUUGGUUUCAUCGUUCAUCAACGGGGAAUAGAGGUCGAUCGAUCUAAAAUUGAUGCCAUUGUGAACAUGCUUGAACCGCGAAAUAUUCAUGAAUUGAAGAGCCUUCAAGGGAAGUUGGCAUAUAUCCGGAGGUUUAUCUCUAAUUUGUCCGGACGAUGCCAACCCUUUAGUAGACUGAUGAAGAAAGGGGUACCCUUCGAGUGGGAUGAAUCGUGCAGGAAUGCUUUUACAAGCAUCAAAGCGUACCUCAUGAAUCCCCCAGUGCUGGUUGCGUCCAUUCCAGAAAAACCACUGAUUCUCUAUAUUUUCGCUCAAGAACGGUCGGUUGGGGCCUUACUUGCUCAAGAAAACGAUGAAGAUAAGGAGAAUGCGCUGUAUUACUUGAGCCAGAUGAUGACAUCUAAUGAGUUGAACUACUCACCCAUCGAGAAGUUGUGUUUGGCACUUAUAUUUGUCAUUCAGAAAUUUUUAGCCGAUCAUCCCGUACCUGUCCAGUGGGAGUUGACUGAUGAACUUUCCGAUGAAGAAGUGUUUAUGAUCGAAUCGCCGUGGUCAAUGUAUUUUGAUGGAGCUGCUCACCGUGAUGGAGCUGGUGCGGGAGUUGUCUUUUAUACUCCUGAAACAGAUAUAUUGCCAUACUCUUUCACUUUAACACGCCGGUGUUCAAACAAUGUGGCCGAAUAUCAGACGUUGAUUCUCGGUCUUGAAACGGCUGUAGACAUGAAACAAUUGCAUUUUAGAUUCUAUGGUGAUUCAAAAUUGGUGGUAAAUCAACUUCUUGGUGUUUAUGAUGUCAAGAAACCUGAAUUGAUCCCAUAUUACAAUUACCAGAAGAUCCCAAGAAAAGGGUCGAUAUACGUCGUCGAGCGUCACGUUUCAUUUACUACAAAGGGACGCUUGACGCUUUACCGAAAAUCAUUCGAUGGGGUGUUUCUACGAUGUCUUGGAGAAGAUGAAGUCAUGCAAGCAAUGGAGGAGGCUCACUCUGGGAUAUGCGGUGCUUACCAAUCUAGCCCAAAAUUACACUUUCGCAUUAAGAGAAUGGGAUACUACUGGCCAACGAUGGUAAAGGACUAUAUCGAUUUUGCUAGAAGAUGUCAAGCUUGUCAAUUUCAUGGCAAUUUCAUCCGCCAACCUCCUGAACCAUUGCAUCCAACUAUGGCUUCUUGGCCGUUCGAUACUUGGGGUUUGGAUAUAGUUGGACCGCUCCCAAAAUCUUCUGGAGGACACAUUUUCAUUUUGGCAGCGACGGAUUAUUUCACAAAGUGGGCCGAAGCGGUUCCUCUAAGAGAGGUCAAAAAGGAGAAUGUAGUAGAUUUCAUUCACUCGCACAUCAUUUAUCGGUAUGGAGUCCCACGUUAUAUCAUCACCAAUAAUGGCAAACCUUUUUGCAAUGUAGCAAUGAACAAACUUUGCGAAAAGUUUCAUUUCAAACAAUACAAUUCGUCCAUGUACUACACUGCCGCAAAUGGACUCGCUGAAGCAUUCAACAAGAUCUUAUGUAAUCUGUUGAAGAAAAUCGUGGAUAAAUCGAAAAGGGAUUGGCAUCUUCGAAUUGGAGAAACGCUUUGGGCAUACAGAACUACUUUUCGAACUCCCACACAAGCAACCCCAUACGCGCUUGUUUACGGUGUUGAAGCUGUUCUUCCACUUGAGUGUCAAAUACCUUCGCUAAGAAUUGCAAUUCAAGAGGGGCUCAGCGAAGAAGAUAAUGUUCGUCUUUGCCUUGAGGAGUUAGAAGCGCUUGACGAAAAGAGAUUGGAAACUCAGCAACGGAUUGAGUGCUAUCAGGCUCGCCUUUCAAAGGCAUUCAAUAAGCACGUUCGACCCCGCUCUUUCCAAAUUGGAGAGUUAGUGCUCGCCGUUCGGAGACCAAUCAUUCUCACUCAUGGCGGACAAAGAAAGUUUACUCCUAAAUGGGAUGGUUCAUAUGUCGUUCGAGAAGUAUAUACAAAUGGCUCAUACAAGUUGGUUGCUGAAAAUGGAUUAAGCGUUGGCCCCAUCAAUGGCAAGUACCUAAAAAGGUACUAUGCGUAA